CACAGUCACUUUAAAACAAACAAAAUAGGUCUGAAUGUGUCCACUUGACAGCAGUACUUCAUGAACAGCAUGUAACUUUGGCACAUAAAUACAGUGAUUUUAUGAAAAGCUUAAUAUUUUUAAUUUCAAAUGACAAACAGCUAUUUCAUUUGCUUCAGUCCUAAAAUAAAACUGGGCAGUUCAAGUUUCAGACAAAAUGUUAUCAAACGUCACAAACUGCUAGCUGUGCAUGCAUUACAUCAUUAUGGAUUUUAUCAUUAUUUGGUAAACCCGCACAAACUGUGUAUACUUGUCAAAUAGCUAUGCAAACUUUAAUUUCUAUAACGGAAGAAGAGUGGAAUACAAGUGUAUAGUGACCAUUGGUAAAUCAAAGGAAACAAUGCAGGAAGAUUUUUAAAGCAAUAGUACAUGCAUUAAAUGUAUCCUUUUGGUGGAAAACUGCAAAUCCCUCAUAAGUAGGGAGAAGUAUAUGCAACUCAACAAUAAAGAGUAAAGAUGAGGUUUAGGCAGAAAUUGAAAAGUGUGCUGACCAUUUUAGUGUUGGUUUUAAUCAUAGGUGGUAUUUUGUUGUUCCAACAUUACAAAGAAGAAAUGACAAGGCUCAUGCCAAGCCUCAAGAAAAGGCAGAUUCAAAUCUUGGCAUACAUCGAACAACCAGAAUUUAUUAUGCAAAAUGAAAAAAAGUAUGAAUAUUUCACAGAUAAAUUUGUGAUUGACAAAGAGCCGUUUUUGUCAUGGUUUAACAAAAACAAUCAAAUACACAUAUGUGGGGAUCGCUUCAAAAUUUAUGGCAAAUAUUUUGGAGUAGCAAGGAAUAUUGUUAUGCACCCUGAAAAACGGAGCAAAAAUUCUGUGAAAGGAGGUGAGCAAGUUAAGGCCGUUCUGGGACAAACGGAGGGCCAGGAAUAUUUUAAUCUGAAUUCUGACUUCUGGGAGCUAAGUUGUGAUACUAAUGAUACCAGCCAACAAAAACUGUCCAAUUCAGGUUUGCACUGGAGAAAUAACAUUAAAAUUGGGUCAACGGCAAAUAAUGCUUCUAACCAUAUACAUAAAUAUACUUUUGGGGUCCAAAGAGGUGACUAUGCUAACCUUCACAACUGGAUGAGGUGUAUCUUUAAUGUGUUUAUUCUCAUGUCUUUCCUCAAGGUACAGCCUUCUGAAAUGUCCAUUCUCUUUCUUGAUGCCCAUCCUUUCACGCCAUUGGACAAAGCUUGGGAUGUUAUUUAUAGCACACCAAUCAGAGUUGGCCAUCUAAGUCAACCAGUGCAUUAUGAGAACUUCAUAUGGGGAGUAGAGGAGAAGCUUAUGCCAUUUAGUGAGCAUGUUGAUCCUCCGAUUCCUUACCUAGAAGAAUUCCGUACAUUUGUGUUGGACCGAUUUGAUUUGCCUACAAAGGAUGUGCUUAACUGUAAGAAAUUACGCAUCACUUUCAUAGUGCGUAGAAAUGCAGUGUAUCAUCCGAGAAACGCUGCAGGAAACGUUGGAAGAAAGGUCUUCAACGAAGCAGAAGUUGUGGAAACACUAAUGAAGGCUUUUCCUGGUUCUCAUGUACAGGCUGCCUUAAUGGAAGCCCUCCCAAUGAAGUCCCAGCUGGAAAUCAGUAGUCAGACGGACUUGUGGAUUGGAAUGCACGGAGCUGGCAUGACCCACAUUGCAUUUCUACCAAAGCACGCAGCAGUGCUGGAACUAUUUCAGAAGGAUUUUAAGGUGAACCGUCCCUGGUUUGUGUGUUUCCACAGCAUAACAAUGUGGCGAGGCAUGCACUAUGAUUCUUGGGAGAAUAUCGAUGGAAAUCUAGAAAUGCCACAUGACUACACCAUUGUGCCUACAGAUGUCAUUGCUCAAAGGACACAGAAACUAGUGGAACAGAUGUGCCCUAAAUAGAUGCAGUUCAUUUAUUAUAUAUUCUGUAAACAUAAUGGACUUACUGAGAAGCAAUACUAUAAUGAAUUAUUUAUAUAUCAUGCACAUUAUGUUUCUGACCAAAUGAUAACUACAGAAUCUUAACCACCAUUCCAGCUUUACUCUUGAAUAUUACACCACUAAAAAUUCAAUGUCCAUUUUCAUUGGUUAGUAUUUUUAGUUGUCAUUAUUUGAAAUGCCAAUGUUCACAACUGUCCUGUCUCUAAAUGGCCUUCAAGAAUUAUGGCAUGUAUGCUCCUUAGUGAUGUUGAAUUUAUUUCUACAUGAAAUAAUGUUAAAUCAGCCACACAUUAUUUUUACAAAAGAGGUCAUAGUUUCCUAUGUAGCAGUAAAAAUAAUAACUCUUUUUUCUUAAAUCUUAUGGCAUUUAAAACUUUAGUUUACAUUAAAAUGUGUGCCUUAUAAGAAGAGUAUUUCAUCUGAAGCAGCCACACGUCUGCUGUAUAUAAUGCAUUUAAUACAAUGUCCCAAAAAACAUUACAUGUGUUACUUAAAUGAUGAAUUACUAAUUCUGCUCUUCCUUUGCUACGUGAAUGACAUGCCCACAUGUAUAGACACUGAUUGUAAGCUUAUCUUGUAUGCAGAUGACGGGUUAUCUUGUUUGCACACAAAGAUCCAGCGACUAUCUCUAAUAAACUUGCUUGGUUACUUGGUUAUGAAAAAUUGUUCCACUUGGUUAAUUGACAAUAAGCUACCUUACAUUUAGGCAAGACCGAAUGUAUGCUUUUUGGGUCUGUGUUAUGCCGGAGAUUUCCUGUUUGAGACGCAGUUCCUCGUUGAUUGGGGAAGACACGCAAAGGCAACUCACAAAGUAUUUAUUAGUUUUGUGUUUAUUUUCACAAAGUAUUUUAACCACAAUGAUAACAAAAGUCCAUAACACAGUUCUGACACACAGUUUAAAUUAUUAAGUUAAAUAAAUGUUUUAUUAGAAUGUUUUCCUAUAAUUUUUAAUGAAGUAUAUCACACAGAAAAUCACAAAGUCAAUUGUCACACAGUAAGGCUAAAGUCUAUAUAUUUCUCAUGUUCCAUAUUCUUCUGUUUUAUAUCAAAUUUCUAAACAGUUGUCUAGACCAUAGUGAAUGGCUUUAUAUUUAUUUAGCAAUCAAGAAUAUCAAUUUAAGAAUAUAAAGUUGUAAUUAGCUUAGAAUGCUUGGGUAUUAUGGGAUAACAUUAUGUAACAUAAGCUGUCAUUGUUUGCUUAAAGCUAAUGGCUUGAAAUUAUGAUGACUGGGUAUUAUUAACAAUAUCAUGUACAAUUGGCCGCAUUAAUCUUUAAUAACAGCACUGCAAAUGUUACUAUUUUACUUUAAAUUGAAACUAAAUUAUAUUUCAAUUUAGCAGUUAAAAACAUGUUGUAUUAACAUAUAACUUUAAACUAAAACUAAAUAACACUUACAUAUUAUAACUUAAUAAUAUUUAACUUUAAUACAAAAUAUUGACCAAUCAUUAUGUAAUUUGGGGUGCAUAACAUCUGCAAGGAAAUUAAAGAAAGUUCAAAAUUUCCAUGUAAGCUUUAAUGGUCAUACGAUACCAUCUCAGGACCAAGUAAAAUACCUAGGCCUAAAUAUUGAUUGCACCUUAAAUUGUGAAGCUAUAAUAGACAAUAUAGUCAAAAGGGUCAACUCUAUAGACUGAUUAGAAACUGUAAUAACCUCAGUCUUAGUAACAGACCAAACAAACACUUACAAAUGCAUUGGUACAAUGCCACUUUGAUUACGCUUGUUCAUCUUGGUAUGCAGGACUUACAAAACAAUUACAGGGUAAAUUACAGGUGGCACAAAACAAGGUCAUUAGAUUUUUAUUAGACCAUCCGUCAAGAACAAGCAUUACUUGUAACGAGCUUGAGUCCGUUCAGAUGCUUAAUGUUAUUGACAGAGUUCGCCAGCUCAGGUUUAAUCAUGUUUUUAAUAUCUACAAUGGUAAGGCUCCCAAAUACCUUGAAAUAAUUUUGUACGAAUAUCAUCAUUUCACUCCAGAACAAGAUUUAGUGCACAUACAUGUAACUUUAAAGCCCCACUAUCGUCUGGCUCUGAAUCUGGAACUUUUUAUUCCAUGGCCAUACAUGACUUCAAUGCUUUGCCAAAUAACAUCAAAGAGAUCAAAUCUAAGCAGGGAUUCCAACUUGAAGUUAAACGUUACUUAAAAAUGUCUGCACGUGAUAGAGAAAACUCUGACACUUUUUAUUAUUAAAAGUUGUAUAUAAUGUAACUAGUGCUAUUUUAGUCCAUUUUUCUAUGAUAGUAUUCAGGUGCAGGAAUAAGAUGUCGUCUAGUCUUAAUUAUCCCCCGCCAGAGGCGGAGGGAUAUUGUUUUGGCGUUGUCCGUCCGUCCGGCUGUCCGUGCGUCCAUCCGUCCGUCCGGCACUUUUGUGUCCAGAGCCAUAUCUUGGAAGUGCUUUGGCGGAUUUCAUUGAAACUUCGUAUGAGUAUAUAUAUGCAUAAGAGGAUGAUGCACGCCAAAUGACAUUGUAAACCAUCUGUUAAAAAUAGAGUUAUGGCCCUUUGUAUCUUGAAAAAAUGCUUUUUACUAUAGGCACUUUUGUGUCCGGAGCCAUAUCUUGGAAGUGCUUUGGCGGAUUUCAUUGAACCUUGGUAUGAGUAUAUAUAUGCAUAAGAGGAUGAUGCAUGCCAAAUGGCAUUGUACACCAUCUGUUAAAAACAGAGUUAUGGCCCUUUGUAUCUUGAAAAAAUUCUUUUUACUAUAGGCACUUUUGUGUCCGUAGCCAUAUCUUGGAAGUGCUUUGGCGGAUUUCAUUGAAACUUGGUAUGAGUAUAUAUAUGCAUAAGAGGAUGAUGCAAGCCAAAUGGCAUUGUAUACCAUCUGUUAAAAACAGAGUUAUGGCCCUUUGUAUCUUGAAAAAAUGCUUUUUACUAUAGGCACUUUUGUGUCCGGAGCCAUAUCUUGGAAGUGCUUUGGCAGAUUUCAUUGAAACUUGGUACGAGUAUAUAUCCCCCCCCAUAGGCGGAGGGAUAUUGUUUUGGCGUUGUCUGGCUGUCCGUCCGGCUGUCCGUCACUUUUGUGUCCGGAGCCAUAUCUUGGAAGUGCUUUUGCCGAUUUCAUUGAAACUUGGUAUGAGUAUAUAUAUUGAUAAUAGGAUGAUGCAGGCCAAAUGGCAUUGUACACCAUCUGAUAAUAACAGAGUUAUGGCCCUUUGUAUCUUCAAAAAAAUGCUUUUUUAGUGUCAAAUAUAACACUUUUGUGUCCAGAAGUAUAUAGGCGGGGGAUAUCAAUUCAACGAAUUUGCUUGUUUUCUUUUAAUUCUUAAACAAUGAUCUAUUUUUAAAUCAACAGUGUUAUGUGCUUACAUAUUAUUGUUAGCAAGGUAUGAUAUAGGUGUGCGUGUAUGACCGUCGGUACCGCAUCUGUAAUCUGCCAUGCGUCUCCUUUACUUUUUGAGAGGGUGUUGUAACAUUUAACUUAUUAUAUGCUUAAGAUAAGGGACCCAAAUGGAAAUAAGUACUAUUGGGUUAUCCCAGGUCUGCAAGAUCAAUAUAUAUUAAUUCACUGUUAUCUUUUGACCAUAUUGGUUUAUUUUUAUAUGUUCUCAUCUAUAUUGUUGUUAUAUUAUACCUUGAUCUUGUACCUGAAUAAACUUGAAUUGAAUUGAAUGAUUUGAUUAUGUUCUCACCUUUAUUUUAUAUGUGCCAUUAUGCAUUUUACACCUAUGGAGGUAUCAUUUACUUAAUUAUUUACAAUUAAUAAGUUCAAAAUAAACUUUCAACAAUUGGA